AUGCGCCAGCUCGUUUCUGAGCAGCAGCUCCAACUUGCCGACAUUCACCGCUUCACUCCUUCAUGCUCACGCGGUCGCCAAAAGAAGCUCAAAUGCGAUACAAAUCUCCCAUGCAACCAGUGCAUAGUUAAAGGCGUCCACGACGACUGUCGCAAAGACUCCAGAAUACCACGAGGCAGAAAGCGUCCAAAGUUAGCACCCCCUAGCUCUACGGACAACGCCAACGACGAGAUUGCUUUCCUGCGCAAACGCGUUAAAGAGCUCGAGCAGAUAAUCGCUCGAAAAGAUAAAGCUGCCUCAUCCUCUCAGCCUUCCUCUCCUUCUACCAGCCACCGUCCGUUGAGUAAGCACGCCGCAUCGUCGUACGGGCUUGGCACUAGUUCGCGCGGAUCCCAGACCACCGGCCCUUCCGAGCUAGGCUACAGCCAGUCGCGAGAGCGCUACAGCAUCGCCUCUCCUUCAUCUGACUCGGACGAAGACGAGGUUGGCGACAUGGAAACCUCUCUGUCCACGCUGGAAAAGCUGGCAGCAUCAGAUCCUCGCGUCAGCGAACCUGGUCACGGCAAAGCAAUGUACAAGCAGAUUAACAGCGUCACUCCAAGGCAAAUCUCACGCAGAACUUGCAGCUCCUACUUUUCCGCACCAGCCGCAUUCAACGAGCGCAUCGAGAUCAUCAAGCUUGCCAAGCGUAUCUUGCCCGAGAAGCACCUCGUCGAUACGCUAAUCUACACCUUCAACCUGCGUUGUCACAAUUUAGUCGGCCGCAUCGUGCACAUGCCUUCGUUCCAAAAAGACAUUGACUUUUUCACCCGCGCCUCCAUCGAAGACCUGCUCACUGCACCACAAGACAUGUCGGACCUCGCGCGCUACCUCAUGAUCCUUCGUCUUGGCAUGCGCUUCUAUCCUUGGAAGGGCGGAAUGUUCAUUGACGACACGACGCCAGAAUUCACCGCCAUCAACGCGCUCAAGAAUCGCGGUGACGACAUCUCUCUUCAAUGGCUCAACUUGGCAAAGAGAGCCCUGGCCCUCGACCGCGACUUUAGCCUCAACUCACUCCCAGCAAUUCAGACCGCCAUUCUUAUGCUCCUAGAUGGACGUGAGUCUCCGUCCUACCUGCGCAUGCUCCUCCGCAUCUCCAUUCAGACGGCUUUGGAUAUGGGCCUUCAUCGUCUUGGCAACGCUAUGCCUUCCCCCAACAACCCUGACGAUGAUAUCAUCCACAUCGAGUCGGGUGUCCGCAUCUGGUGGUACCUCGUCGUCAAAGAUUGGUGCUCGGCUCAACGAGAAGGUGCAUACACCAUCCAUCCGUCACAGAUGACCACACGAAAGCCCUUACACACUACCGAUGCGCGCCUCUCCGAGGGCCGCACCGAUGAGAUCUCGCUCGACGACUAUUGCGAAACCAGCUACACCCUCUGCCAAAUCGAGCUAGCCAACAUCAUCCGUGAGAGCAUCGAUCUGCGCAACGAACAGAGCACCCUUGGAGGCGCUUACGACGUCAUCUCGCCCAACAACAAAAAGCUGCUUCACGUCAAGCUCGAGACUUUCCUCAGCGACUUGCCUCCCUUCUACCGCCUCGAUAGCACCGAGAUGCGACCCGGCGUGCUGGCCGUUCAGAGGUGUCUAUUGCAUCAGCAGACUUUCGACGUACUGCUCAAGUUGAACCGCAAAAGCCUAUCUUCGUACAGCGAACGCGCCACCUGUGCUUUGCUUGCCGAGCAGAUUGUCUCAACCCAAAAGCUGCUUCGUAGUGUUUGUCCUGUCAUUGAUGGCUUCUGGGUCAAUUUCCUGCAUCUUUUCGGUGCGACCUUGACUCUGACCAUUUCGCUCCUGCUCGACGACGAUUUGACCGAGGAAACAAGAAGCCGGCGCCGCGGCAAAGUGCACACAGCUCUGGCCACUAUGCGCGAGACGCCGGGUUCGGAUCGUGGUAGCCAGAUUAUCGAAACCUUACUCCAAGAGGAGCAGAAGCAAUGGGCGGCUGGUCCGAAAGACUCAUCUCGCCGAAAGCUCAAUUUCGCCGCUUUGACCAGGCGCAUUGUAGCGCAGACAUCCGAGCUAGCAGGCACGCCGGCUCGAACAGAAACCAUCACUACUCCCAUCGAGGGAUCAAGCUCGAGCUGCAAUUUGGCGCAAAAUUUCGAGCGAAACGGAGGUGUCGGCAUCUUGACUUGGGACACCACUCCGGACGAAUCUGUGGUUCCAGCUUUCGCCUCUUCAUGGGGUGCUGAUAUCACUGACCCUACCGAUCCCACGGGACUGCUCAGCUCAUACGUGCCCCAGCCUGUCGAAGAUGGGCAGAUUGACGACCUCGGUCCGAAGGAGCCGUGUAUGUAUCACCGGCCUCCUACUCGACCUUAUGAGCACAGUCUGCGUCCAUGGCAGGAGCCUAGUCAGGCAGCCACUUCUAACCAAGCUUGUGCUACCAAUGGCAUCGAGAACAACCUUUGGGAUUGGGUGUUUUCGCAGGCUGUGAUCCAUUGCGGACCUGAGCCGCCGGUGGAGGGCCCACCGCGAGCUGCUAUCACAUCGAAAGCGUCAUCUGUUGUACCAACUCCUGCAUGGUCCUCUUCGAGCGCGUCGCGUGCCGCACUGCCACCAAUUUCGGCUACGAGGAUCCACACACCUGCUAGUACUGCCAGCGAGCCAUCUAGCGCGUCGACCACGUACUCGUAUAGCUACAGUGGUCAGCACUCGCACCAGCGCAGCUCAUACAGCUCGAACAGUUCGCACUCUCACAGCUCGCACUCGCACUCUCCGCGCGCUGCUGCUCCUGCUCUUGUACCAUCGGUGCUCUCGCCGCUCCCAGCUCGCGAUGCACCUUGCUUGCUCCCGGAUCGUGCUGGAGUCAAAUCCAACACCACUACCUACACCCACACCCACCCUCCUCCUCUACCACCUCCGCCUACUUCACUUCGAGGCUGGUCCGACCACCACGCUUCCAGAAGCUGA